AUGAAUCCUCAAUUUGAGGCCGUCGUCCCAUCUACGUCUGUGGAAUCCAUAACAGCGGCCUCAUUUAGCACAGUCUACAUAGCUAAUGCCUCCUCGACAAAGCCAAGUCCGUCGACCAUUAUCGGACCUCCAAUCACAACAAUGACCAUUCUAGAAACAGCGAAUACCACAAUUAUUCUUUCUCCAGACUUGAUGAGUACAAUUUCAGGCUCAUGGGACGAUAGUAGAGAUGCAUCGACUGUCACAUCAACGGUACUUGGUCCUUGGACCUCGAUUUACAGCGCAACCCAAACGGAAGUAUACAUGGCUAUACCCACAGCAACUGUGACAGACCAAAAUGCAAUUGGUUUCGCAACGGUAGUCAAUUACUGCCUGAAUAUUGUGUAUCUGUGGGCUGUGGACCAAGACAGAAACCCUCAGAUACCUAUAGAACUUCAGCCAGGAUAUGCGUAUAUGGAACAGUACUACUUCCCACUUGAAGGGGGAGUGAGCUUAAAGUUAAAUACUGAAAAUGAUAUAGCCGGAAAUAUCACGCAAUUCGAGUAUACUGUUGAUUAUCAAUAUGGCGGAUUCAUCUGGUAUGACGGCAGUAAUGUGAACUGCUCACCAGGAUCCUGCCCGUUCGAUCAGAAUGGCACACAUCUGGCGGGAAACCUAGUCACCUGUGGGAGUCGAACAUGCACACCCAAUACCGUCAAUUGCACUGGCUAUUAUCUCUAUCCAACUGACGAUAAAGCAGCAAUGAUGGGUUGUCCAUGGAGUGCAAAUGUGACAAUGUUACUGUGCUAUCCAAAUACCGAAAACUUGUAA